CUACUUAUUAGGAACAAAAUUGAAAGAGGAAAAAAAGCCGUUUACUGGACUCCGUAACAUAUUGGGUUAAUCAGUGCCAGGCCAUGGCCCAUAGCAUUGGGCCAGAAGUCCAAAACUCUUAGCAGUUAGCGCCGUCGAAAGAAAAUAAAAUAACCAAAAACUUUCUCAAAUCGAACAUCGCCAGUUCCACACUGGUGCAUAGUCGGUCCGUUAAACCCUAAAAAACCUUCGAAUCCAACAAUCAGCUUCGCUGACUCCAACACCAUUUCCCUUCCUAAUUCUUUCUCACUGCUCCCUCCAUUGAAAUUCUCCCGAGCCUUGGGGACAAGCUUACCGCCGUUUCCGCCAUGUAUCUCUACAGUCUCACGCUUCAGCGAGCCACCGGCGUGGUGGCCGCCAUUAACGGAAGCUUCUCCGGCGGAAAGUCCCAGGAAAUCGUCGUUGCGCGGGGAAAGCUUCUGGAUCUCCUCCGUCCGGACGACACCGGUAAGCUCCAAACCAUUCUCUCCGUCGAAAUCUUCGGUGCUAUUCGCUCCUUAGCUCAGUUCAGGCUUACUGGAUCUCAGAAGGAUUACAUCGUCGUUGGCUCCGAUUCCGGGAGGAUUGUGAUUUUGGAGUACAACAAGGAGAAGAAUGUGUUCGAUAAAGUUCACCAGGAGACGUUUGGAAAGUCCGGGUGCAGGAGGAUAGUUCCUGGUCAGUACUUGGCGGUUGACCCCAAGGGGAGGGCGGUGAUGAUUGGAGCCUGCGAGAAGCAGAAGUUGGUCUAUGUGUUGAACAGGGAUACUGCAGCUAGGUUAACCAUAUCCUCGCCCUUGGAGGCGCAUAAGUCACACACCAUUGUUUACCACAUUUGUGGGGUUGAUUGUGGGUUUGAUAAUCCAAUAUUUGCGGCUAUUGAGUUGGAUUAUUCGGAGGCUGACCAGGAUGCAACUGGGCAGGCUGCAAAUGAGGCACAGAAGAAUUUGACUUUUUAUGAACUUGAUUUGGGGCUUAAUCACGUUUCUCGGAAGUGGUCUGAGCCUGUCGAUAACGGUGCUAAUAUGCUUGUUACGGUUCCUGGUGGUGGAGAUGGGCCAAGUGGAGUGUUGAUUUGCGCUGAAAAUUUUGUUAUUUACAAGAAUCAAGGACAUCCUGAUGUGAGGGCAGUGAUCCCUAGGCGUGCUGAUUUGCCUGCCGAGCGUGGUGUGUUGAUAGUUUCUGCAGCAACUCAUAAGCAGAAGUCCAUGUUCUUCUUCUUGUUGCAGACCGAGUAUGGGGACAUUUUUAAAGUUACCCUAGAGCAUGAGAAUGACAAGGUUUCAGAGAUCAAAAUCAAGUAUUUUGAUACGAUUCCAGUGACAGCUUCAAUGUGUGUGAUGAAAUCAGGCUUUCUAUUUGCUGCAUCGGAGUUUGGAAAUCAUGCUUUGUAUCAGUUUCAGGCUAUUGGUGAGGACCCAGAUGUGGAGGCCUCUUCAGCUACUUUGAUGGAAACUGAGGAGGGCUUCCAGCCCGUGUUUUUCCAGCCAAGGGGAUUAAAGAAUCUUGUUAGAAUUGACCAGGUUGAGAGCUUGAUGCCUAUUAUGGACAUGAAAAUCGUUAAUCUUUUUGAUGAAGAAACACCUCAGAUCUUUACCCUUUGUGGCCGAGGACCUCGGUCAUCCUUGAGGAUUUUGAGGCCUGGUUUAGCUGUAAGCGAAAUGGCUGUGUCUCAGCUUCCUGGUGUGCCAAGUGCAGUUUGGACUGUGAAAAAGAAUGCCAGCGAUGAAUUUGAUGCAUACAUUGUUGUGUCAUUUACUAAUGCAACUCUGGUUCUCUCUAUCGGGGAGACAGUUGAGGAAGUUAGUGAUAGUGGGUUUCUUGAUACUACUCCUUCCCUUGCUGUUUCUCUGAUUGGUGACGAUUCUUUAAUGCAAGUUCACCCAAAUGGUAUUAGGCAUAUCAGGGAAGAUGGGCGUAUUAACGAGUGGAGAACUCCUGGAAAGAGGACGAUUGUGAAAGUUGGCUCCAAUAGACUUCAAGUGGUUAUUGCUUUAAGUGGUGGGGAGCUUAUUUAUUUUGAGGUGGACAUGACGGGUCAACUAAUGGAGGUGGAAAAGCAUGAGAUGUCUGGAGAUGUGGCUUGUUUGGACAUUGCCCCUGUUCCUGAAGGAAGACAGAGGUCAAGGUUCCUUGCAGUUGGUACAUAUGACAACAUUAUUCGUAUAUUGUCUUUGGAUCCUGAUGACUGCAUGCAGAUCCUGAGUGUGCAAAGUGUUUCGUCAAUUCCAGAAUCUCUUCUAUUCCUUGAGGUGCAGGCGUCUAUAGGUGGUGAAGAUGGAGCUGAUCAUCCAGCUAAUCUCUUCCUCAAUGCUGGAUUGCAGUCUGGGGUUCUGUUUAGGACAGUGGUGGAUAUGGUGACAGGCCAGCUUUCUGAUUCUCGAUCCCGAUUCUUGGGGUUGAGGGCUCCAAAGCUCUUCUCAAUAGCUGUGAGAGGUCGCCGUGCAAUGCUAUGUUUGUCAAGUCGACCCUGGCUUGGCUAUAUUCACCAGGGGCAUUUCCUGCUAACGCCACUUUCGUAUGAGACUCUUGAAUAUGCUGCUUCGUUCUCAUCUGAUCAAUGUGCUGAAGGUGUUGUUGCUGUUGCUGGCGAUGCACUCAGGAUUUUCACUAUCGAGAGGUUGGGUGAAACAUUUAAUGAAACUGCAAUUCCUCUCAGGUACACUCCUAGGAAGUUUGUAAUUCAACCCAAGCGGAAGCUUCUGGUUAUUGUUGAGAGUGAUCAGGGAGCCUAUACAGCAGAGGAACGUGAAGCUGCUAAAAAAGAGUGUUUUGAGGCUGCUGGUAUGGGGGAAAAUGGAACUGCCAACGAGCAGAUGGAGAAUGGUGAUGAUGAAGACAAAGAGGACCCCCUCUCAGAUGAGCAAUAUGGUUACCCCAAGGCAGAGUCUGAUAAGUGGGUAUCUUGCAUUAGGGUUCUGGACCCUAGGUCAGCAACCACGACCUGUCUGCUUGAACUUCAGGACAGUGAAGCUGCAUUCAGUGUAUGCACGGUUAAUUUCCAUGAUAAGGAACAUGGUGCUCUUUUGGCAGUUGGUACAGCAAAGGGGUUGCAGUUCUGGCCAAAGAAAACGUUAGUUGCUGGAUUCAUUCACAUUUAUAAAUUUGUGGAUGAAGGGAGAAGCCUAGAGCUUUUGCACAAGACACAAGUGGAAGGCGUCCCAGUUGCUUUGUGCCAGUUCCAAGGUAGAUUACUGGCUGGAAUAGGCUCUACACUCAGACUAUAUGACUUGGGGAAGAAGAGGUUGCUGAAGAAAUGUGAGAACAAGCUUUUCCCAAACACGAUUAUUUCUAUUCAGGCCUACCGCGAUCGCAUUUACGUGGGCGACAUCCAAGAGUCUUUCCACUUCUGCAAGUAUAGGCGGGAUGAGAAUCAGCUCUACAUAUUUGCUGAUGAUAGCGUCCCAAGGUGGCUUACAGCAUCACAACAUGUAGAUUUUGAUACCAUGGCGGGUGCAGACAAGUUUGGGAACAUCUAUUUUGCUAGAUUGCCUCAGGAUGUGUCUGAUGAGAUAGAGGAAGAUCCGACUGGUGGGAAGAUAAAGUGGGAGCAAGGAAAGCUUAACGGAGCUCCUAACAAGGUCGAAGAAAUAGUCCAGUUUCAUGUAGGUGAUGUGGUUAGUAGUGUCCAAAAGGCAUCUUUGAUUCCUGGUGGAGGAGAGUGCAUCAUAUAUGGCACAAUGAUGGGUAGCUUGGGGGCAUUGCUGCCAUUCAAUUCUAGGGAUGAUGUCGACUUCUUCUCACACUUGGAAAUGCACUUGAGACAAGACCAUCCACCAUUGUGUGGAAGGGACCAUAUGGCCUACAGAUCUUCUUAUUUCCCUGUUAAGGAUGUGAUUGAUGGAGAUCUGUGUGAACAGUUCCCCACGUUGCCUAUUGAUGUACAGAAGAAAAUUGCUGAUGAGUUGGAUAGAACUCCAGGGGAGAUACUGAAGAAACUCGAGGAAGCGCGAAACAAGAUCGUUUGAGGCAUGUUUGUGCUUUUGUAUGGAUAUGUACGAGUUUGUAAUCUUGGACAUGAUGUGCUGCUGGGUCAUGUUAUGCGAUGCAUUCUCAUUUAAUGAGUUGCUGCACAACAAUCAUAGUGGUUUGGAAUCACUUCCCAGAAUCGCUCGAGGCCAGAAUCGCUCGAGGAUCAGGUAGGUAGUUUAUUACAAACUUGUAACCUGGAAUUGGCUGAUUCAAAAAGAAUAGCUUGGGACUUGGGAGGACCCUCACUUGAGAAUUGAGAUGCCAUUGCUAGUGUUGUUGGAAUUGCCAAAAUUUUCUUUUAAUCUCCUCCUGUAGUCUACAAGAUGUCGGGAUUUGUUACUGAAUAGUUUCUUAGUUGAUGAUUCUGUCUUGAAUCUUGAUUGCAGUAUGUAAAUUACUUCUUUCGAAACAAACUCUUGCCUAUUGGGUUUCAGUAGUCUUCCUUAGCCUGUUGUUCGGCUAAAUGAGUUGGCUCUCUUCAUAUUUUUUGGCAAAAUAGUAAAAUACACUUCUAUGGCCAUAAUUGUAAGUACCCUCCCUCCCUCUUUAAGUUUUUUAUUCUAGAUUAGCAGUUCUGAAUUCUGAUAACUGGCGUAACUGUAAGUAUUGAAGCUGUACCUGUGUACAUAAUCUGGCAUUGUACACAAUCCGGACGAACAGUUCUGGAAAAUAUGCACUCCCUCGUUGGCAAAUCGGCCACUCCGGGCUAUCUUCAGAAACUCACCUAUCUCUCUUGGAACCACCACAAAAUCCAUCAAGCACAUCGAUACGGUCCGCGCUUUACACGUUCAGUUCCCACAACUUUGUGGAGGUUGACAUGCAGAUAUGCCCCUGCAGGAGAAGCUGGAGCUGCUCCCAGAGAUUGAGAGAGCCUUUGUUCAUCUCGAGUAUGAGUACUCUUACCAACCCGAGCAUGCUCGAUCGAUCAUAAGCAGCAGCAGCAGCCAGUAAGGUGAUUUAAUAUGAGCUUCAUUCCAUCAUAUAGGCCACAAUAGUAGUUAGAAUUAAACUUGAAUCCUGUUGCUGCUUAUGAUUGAGCAUGCUCGAGCUUGUUAGAGUCGAAAUAAGGCGCGUAAAAAAGGCUGUAGUUUCAUAAACCAGCCCUCUUUUUUUCAUUCACUCACACGUAAUCAGAGGCACGGACUUUCUUUUCCCUUAUUUUUUUGCUUAAUUCAGAAGAGAGGGGGAACCAAUUGUAGCCAACAUAACUUACACAUACAUGCCUGCUUUAUAUGGUUGAUCAAGCAACGAUGAGAGGGGGAAGCAAUUGAUCAAGUUGCCAAUGGUUUCCCAGCAAGAAAUGCAGCAAAUGAAGUGAGUGAUCUCUUUGGUGAAGUAUAAUGAGGCCAUGUGUGAGGCUCUUCUAAGGGUUUCAUCCAUAUGCAAGCUUAUUGUUCUCACCAUAGACUUGUGCCAUCCACCAACUUGAAAACAUUCAGUAGGAGAGUGAUUUCAUGAACAGAUACUUGAUUUAGAAAAGAAGUAAUGCAGCAAUUUCUGUAGUUGACCUGUUCGUCAUGAUCCAGACUUGUAAGGCACAGUAGUGUAAUCCCGUCUGUUCGUAGAGCUGGAAGACUAGAUCUCUUGCCCUUAUGAAUGGGAUUUCUGCAUCUUGAUCACCGCUGUAAACCGGUACUCGAAUGCCUGAAUCCACCAAUGACCCCAGUACUCCAAUGAUUGGAUUCUCGAAGUUGCUGUCACCAUACUUAAUGCGGUUGCAGUUUGAUUAAAAGUAUCAAUGUCCAGUUUUCAUGAAGAGCAAGCUGAGUGUAACAAUAAUCAUUAAGAUUAAGAAUACUCUGUUGUAGGUGACAAGAUUAAGUCACUGUUCUAUACUGGGAGCAAGCACUCCAAUUUCUGAUGGCUACAAUUACUUGAAAAUCUUUCUUGUUCAAUUACUUGUUCAUCUCCAACACGAAGGUCCAACACGGUGGUUGAAUGUGGAAGAAAUUGGCUUCGCACCUUCUGCUAUUUAUGAUGAAUUUAUCUAUGUGUAUGGGAGUUUUUACCACACUGGAAGGAACUAUAUAUGAAAAUCCAUGGAAGGAACCAGAAUUAGUAAUUAGUUCUUCUUGUUUAGGACAACUGAUAUCAAAAGAGUAUAUUGUGUGCAUUACUUUGGACUUCAGAACAAGUAUUAGGUAUAUGCUAAUUAGGGUAAUUCCAAGUUAUAAGAACAGAAUUAUGAGGAAAAUAGAUAGCUAAUAUAAGUGAUAAUGUACCAAGCCGAAAUCAUUAAACUGAGAAUUGGGUAGGGGCCGCGCGAACGCAGGCCCCCUCUGCCACAAAUUAUGACGUAGGCUCUCCCUCAUUGGGGAGACCUUAGCCCAGCACCCCUCCGCAAAGUGCAAUGGAGGUCACUAUACUAGACCACAAGCCUUAUUGAUAGCUCGUAGAUCCCGUCAAGGUAAGUAUGUUGCAUAGUAGCACCAAGCUCUCAUUUUAUACUUCUUUUUCAUUCUAAACUUCCUCUCCGACCGAUGUGGUAUUUCCACCCCCUCUCUGAGCUUCUUCCACAUCAAUUCUUUGCAACUUUUCACAAUGUGAAAAUAUAUAUAGCAUGACAGUUGUGAUUAAUUUUCUUACCACUAUUGCUACCCAUAAAUGAGAAAUGUUUUGAGUAUUACAAAGGCUGAUAAGUAUAACGAAGUUGAAACUACUCAAAACUCGAGAUUCCAUGUCAUUCACAGGUUUCAAAAAAGCUGAUGGCUUUUGCAUAUCCAACAUUCUUUGGAACUAAGGGAUCGUUUGGAAGUUGCGAAUGUUAAAUCGUUGCAUUAUAAUGAAUCACCAUAAUAUAAAUGCGUGUAUUGAUACAAUGGGUGCAUUUUAACAAUACAUUGUUUGGUUGUUGAGAUUUUACUUUAUGCAUUGAUUUACAUAAUAUUACUUUUAUGGGUAAAUGUCACAUUUACCCUCAACUUUUAGAACAAGACAAAAACUAUUGGGGAUAUCAAUGGAAAGAUUGUAUAAUACAUCAUUUUUUGUGAU